AACUGCAGCAGGAAGGAAAGUGCAGCUGGGAAUUUUUUGCCUGGAGCAAAACAAACCAGAGGUCUGUGGCGAAAAAGGCAAGAGAAAGAGAGGAGAAAGGGGAAAGGAGACGCAAGGAGAGAAGUAGAAAAGAUGGCAGAGGAGCGAGAGGAUGAAAGUCAGGGAUGACAUGAAGCAUGGGAAGGGAGGAGGAGAGAAGAUUAGAUGCGAUGAAGGAGAAGUGAAAGCGGACUUUACUUAACGAGGAGGAGACUAGAAGAUGACAGAGGGAAGGGGAUCUCGUAUCCACGCCUUCUUGGGAUGUCAAGGCAAGUCACACACAUUUACACCUUUGACAAUCUUCCUGCCAGAAAAUUGGGGAUGAAAGCAGCCAAUUCAAAUGCACACAUGGGAAUGAAAUGGACUUGGACCUGCAGUUGUGCACACACACAUGCAUUGCAUCAGAGUGGAUGCGCCAGCUGGACAUGGUUUCAUUCAGAUCUGCUGUGACAAGAAGAAAAACACUGUCUCCACCCUUUCCUGCUCCCAAGGACUUCUGCUUUAUGUGUAUGAGAGAGUGAGUGUUUACUACACCCUCAUUGCACUUAAUCUACCAACCUGUCAUUUAAUGUUUGUGUACACACCUGCACCUACACACCCACAGUGUACACAGAUUCUUCUCUCUCUCUCUCUCUCUCUCUCUCGCGCACAUACGCGCGCUCGCACGGUCUCGCUCUCUUGUCCUCGGAGCAGCAGGUCCCUGGAAGCAGCCAAACUGUCAGUGACUGUUGCAAACACAUUCUCGUUCUCGGCUCGGCUCUUUCUUCAGCCGCUGCCAAGGGAGGAGGAGGAGGUGGAGGAGGAGGAGGAGGAGGAGAAGAAGUGAGGCUGGAAGGAACAGACUGAAACACACAGAUAGAAAAGAGAAAGAGACAGACUUGGACCAACCUCUGACUGAUUAGCUCUCGCCUCUGCUUGGCUGACUGUGUGGGAGACUGGAAGCAACCUACAAGUGAUGCCUCGCACUCUCCGGAGCAGCACAUUCUGACGCUUUCUUCAGCUUUCUACAUUUUUUAACUCUCUGUUCUGAAGAUGAGGAGAGACCGCCUCUUCUUAGCCGCGACCCUCACGGCUAUCUUCUCCGCUGACCUCUACUUCAUCCUCCUGCCAAAGCUGCGCAGCGUGGGCCAGGGAUCAGGACACUUUUGCACAUGUGGUGCUGACAACCUGACCCUACCCAGACACGGGGGGCUCGCCACCCCGCAGCUCUCCAACUGGACAUCUAUGCUGCCCCUGGAUGGUACCACAUCUGAACCCACUGAUGGGGGCUCAAAGCUGGGGAGGCUGUUUGCUCACCCUCUGUACAACAUCCAGACUCCAGCGCUGGGUCCGGAGGAGAGGCUGCUGCAGGCGGAGCAGCUGAUGGACUACUACAAGAGGAAGGUGUCACGCUGGGAAAGACAUAUGAAACUCUACAGUGAGGCAGCGGCAGUGUCCAACAUCACUGUGACUAAACAUGAAGUGACCUUUGACCCCUACGCCAGCUGGCUGAAGUUCCACCUGGGAAUCAGCCGCUAUGCUUUGUACUCCCGCGAUGAGCCAGCUAUCCCACAGCUCCUCAAGGACAUGCAGAGUAUGAAGGUUGUCAGUGCAGACUACACUCAAGAUGAGAAGGCCCUUAAAGGAGCAUGUGACUGCACUCAAGUUGUGAAGCCCAGCGGGCAUCACCUGAAAUUGGCUCUGAAGAUGCAAAACUUUGCUAAAGCCAUGUUCAAACCAAUGAGGCAGCAGAGGGACGAGGAGACUCCAGAAGACUUCUUCUACUUUGUUGAUUUCCAGAGACACAACGCAGAGAUCGCUGCCUUUCACCUGGACAGGAUCCUAGACUUCAGGAGGGUGCCACCAGUGGCUGGCAGACUUGUGAAUGUCACAGGAGACGUCCUCCAAGUCACCCACAACGAAGAUCUCCGAGCUGUCUUUUUCACCUCGCCAGCAAACAACACGUGUUUCUUUGCCAAGUGCCUGUACGUGUGUAAGACGGAGUAUGCGGUGUGCGGUGGCCCCGACCUGCUGGAGGGCUCCCUGUCUGCCUACCUGCCCGGCCUCAGCAUCGCUCCUCGCAUCUCCAUCCCCAACCCGUGGACACGCUCCUACACCUUCACUGGACGAGAAGAGUGGGAAGUGAAUCCCUUCUACUGUGACACCAUCAAGCAGAUGUAUCCCUAUAACUCAGGCAACAGGCUCCUCAACAUCAUCGACAUGUCCAUCUUUGACUUCCUCACAAGCAACAUGGACAGACACCACUAUGAGAUUUUUACUAAAUUUGGGGACGAAGGAUUCCUUCUUCAUUUGGACAACGCCAGAGGGUUUGGGAAGCACUCUCAAGAUGAGAUGUCCAUCUUGGCUCCACUCUCUCAGUGCUGCAUGAUAAAGCGUUCCACGCUGUUGCGGCUCCAGCUCCUGGCCCGACCAGAGUUCAGACUCAGCGAUGUGAUGCGGGAGUCCCUGGAGGGAGACCCUUUACAGCCGAUCCUGACAGAGCCUCACCUCUUAGCUCUGGACCGCAGGUUACAAAAGGUCCUAAAAACGGUCCAGCGCUGCGUCAGGAGGCUGGGUGAGGACGAAGUGAUCACCCAGGACUUUGUAAGAUCCACAGCGAGACCUCAGAGCACCACAGAGACGAUAAAGGUCAGGUAACACAGGAUGAAAGGGUCGUCGCUCUCCUCGUAGCUGCUGUUUGCACAGAAGAUUUUCAUGAUGAAGCCGAGUGAGCAAACAAGGCUCAGAUGGUUUUAAGGAACAAGCCAUAAAGGGAAGACGCUGUUAAAUCCUCAGAGUUUGUCGGAGAUGGAAGGCAUCUCACUGCGGAGGUUCAAAACGUGAAUCACUGCAGGCCUCAAAUUCCUAUCACAGAGGGAGCCAUGCCUUUUAUUUCCUUUUGCUUUUCUCAUAGUCAUAAAUUCCCCCAAGGGUGCAUUUUAUGACAAGGCGCUCACUUUUCAUUUCCACCUACACCAUCAGGUAGGUUUGGAGUUGACACAUUCAAAUUAAAACAUUUAGGGAACAAUUAAAGACUAAUUUAAAUAUGAAAAAGCAGUAACAGUAUGAAGGAAUACAGGAGAUUUCUUUGAUAUAUGGCGCUCUCUCGCUGUCACAUACACAUCAAAAUUAGAAACGCAGUUUAUAUUUAUAAGAGAGAGUUGUGAUGCACUGGAUCGGUUGCUGGUGAAUGUUGUGAUUAUCAAAAGAAAGAUUUGUGUGUCCAUGUGAUGUUAAAAUUAUAAAAUAAAGUUAUUUUGAAGAGAAA